AGAAAGGAGGAGGCAGCUUUGUUGCUGAUUGACUGAGGAGGGAUGGAACAAGCUGGAGGGAAGGUGGGACUCGUGGAAGCGGCCUUGCCGUGCUAGCGCGUUUCACUAGUGGCCUCUUCCCAAAAGAGUAGUUUCCUUGAGAGCAGGCGUUUGCAUCAGUACAUUAACAUUGACUCCCAAAGGAUUUAGGUCUAUCGCGCUGCCAUCCUUUGACCGUCAGUCGUCGACUUCCAACUCUUUUCCCGUGCUGCUGGACCUCCUCAGCGCAGCGCAAAUCCUUGAAGUACGCAGUGUUUGAGAGAGCUCACGCCAAGAUGGCUUCAAACGGGAGUCCGAUUCACACUACCAGCGCUCUCAAUCUCAACGACCUCUAUAAGCAAUUAAGAGACAUCGAUUCCAUGGAAGAGCGCCUUGUCGAAGACGAACGCAGCUUGGCAAGAGGGCAACGACCUGCCUGGGGAUAUGACGAUGAUAGCGAGUUCAAUGAGGAAGAUACCACGAAGCACCUUUCUCGUGUUAUAGGGAUCCUGAAAAAGCAACAGGAGACGAUAUCUCUCCUCAACCCCAUGCUGAAUGAACUUCGAGAUACCCUACGAGAGAAUGUCAACAUUGUCUCCAGGCCGACCAUCAGAGCACUCACCAUCUUGGACCUUCCAGAUGAGCUUCUCGCCCAUAUAUUCGAUUUUGUCAAAGGACGUAUUACUGUGAAGCAUGUCUAUAUGGAGUUCGGUAGCGACGAUACUGUCAAGAAUGUCCGGCUCACAUGCAAGAGAUUUUGCAACGCGAGUUCACAUCUACUUGUUCACUUCCUUAGGCUUCAUAUUGAACCAGGAUCGCUAUCUCAUCUGAAGGAUGUCUCUUCGCAUACGCUUAUCUGUAAGAGAAUCGAGUACGUCCAUUUAACACUGCGCUUCUAUGCUGCAGAUAUGGCACGUGAUAUCUACAUGUUUGCUCGCUAUCACUUGAAACAUCUGAGAGAGUUGACCGACGACUGGGAGAGGUUCUUCUCGUCGGAUUACGAAGGAGAUCUUGAAAGAAAAGCGCUAAUUUCAAAGGCAGUCAUGCAUGUGAGGAACAUCCUGAAAUCUUGGGAAAUGUUUCUGGAUGGCUCACCCGAGGACUUAGUUGACAGCAGGACGGAUUUCACUGCUCGCUUGCAUGAUGGUAUUGCCAACGAGAGCUCAGGUCAUCUUCUCAUUUUAAGAAAGGCUCAUGGAUUAUACAAACACCGUUUCGGCGAGCAGCAAAGGCUUCUGAAGAAGAACAACUUUGUUGAGGCUGUUGCCGCGGCGUUUUCUAGGAUGCCAAAAGCACGUAGGCUCGAGUUACACGAUCGUGAAGAUCGAUGGAAGGUCAGGAAUGCGCCACAUUGGAUUGAAGGAGCAACAAACCACUCGGUGCUUGUCCAUUACAUGGUGUAUCCAAUGAGUUCAGAGCAAGCAACACUGCUCGGUUUGCAAGCGCCAGGUCGUAUGCUUAGGAUGCCUAUUACGCUACCAAAAGCAAUACAUAAAGCUGGCAGCUGUCUCACCAGCUUCUCUCUUCGGCUGUCGAACCCACAAAUCUUCUCUUGUCUCUCGAUGAGUAACGGCGAUUGUACCAACCUGCGAGUAGCAAUGCGAAAACUGACAGCUUUCGAGUUCCGGCCUGACCCUUUCGCGUCCUGGGCCCCCUCGGCCGUGCGUGAGGAAGCGGAGAUGAAGCAUCUUCGGGACUAUGUGACUGCAGUCAUCGACACCGACACCAUUGAGGAUCUCUCGCUCUGGUUCGACUCGUAUUGGACGAAAGGUGAAGUUCCCCUGUUUGAAAUGGGGGCUUUAAUGUCAUCCCGGCCUUGGCCCAAGCUGUAUAGCCUUCACACCGACGGAAUUCCUCUCCAUCUGGCGGAUAUUAAGUGUUUCGUGGAGCAACUUCAAGGAGAUGUCUCCGCUGUUCGAAAUGAGCGACACUUACUUGUUAACUGGGACCUGGGCAGAAGCACUGGACACGUUGCGUACGAAAGCUGACUCCUUUUGGCGUCUGACGAAUCCAUAUGGUGCGGAAUGUGACGCUCUAACAGACGAUGAGAAGGACAGAGUAUUCAAGCAAGCGGAUCGCAAGCCUAUCUUUAAAAAUGCUAGUA